AUGUCCGACAAGAUUAUCGGACCAACACUUCCACCCAAUUGGACACAAACCACCGAAGAGGACGACGAAGACGACAGCGACUUCUUCGGACCAACACUUCCACCCGAUUAUGGCUCACAUCCACACAAAGACACUGUUAUCGGACCCACACUUCCUCCGAGUCUUACCGCUAAUAACAAGACUAUCGGUCCAACACUUCCUCCGAGUCUUACCGCUAAUAACAAGACUAUCGGUCCAACACUUCCUCCAAAGUGUACGACUAGUGACACGAUUAUUGGGCCAACACUUCCUCCACAUCUGAGCCGAAGCCAUGAUAUAGUGGAUGAAAGUGACAGCGAUUCCGAUGCUUCGGAUGACAUGAUUGGACCCAUUCUUCCAACUCAUCAAAAAUACGGCAAAAUAAAUGAAAAGUUUGGCAAUUCUUCUCAAAUCUUGGCUCAAAUGGAGGCUAAAAAUGAAGUGAAAAAACAACGCGAAGAGUGGAUGACUUCUGUGGGCGAACCCUCGGCACCAAAGAUGCCCACAAAAUCUGUGACACAUUUCAGCCAAAGACCCGUCAAAAGUGGUCAUCAAAAGGACGACAGAUAUUAUAAAAAGGAUGAAAAGAAAGAGAAAGAAUUGAAUGAAAUCAUGGAUUCCUUUAAUAAAGCGCAGAAAAGAGAUGUCUCUCUCAUUGAUAUUCAUCACCAAAAGAGCAAAAAAGCGAAAAAUAGUGAAUCAAACGCUGAGGAAAGGGUUGAAUUUGAUCGCGAAAAGGAUCUCUCGGUUCGCAAAAUGGAUUCGAGACAAACAAAAUCGGUGUUAAAUAAAGCCAAAGGAUUUAAUGAUCGCUUUUCUCUCGGAGUGAAUAAAUUCUUAUAAUUUAUAAUUGGUUUUUGUAUAUAAAUAAUGAAAUAAUAAAUAUGUAUAAAAUAA